ACAUCACAUUCCAGCACAGCAGAGGAGGAAGAUGGAGGUCACUGCUAGAUGUGCUGCUGUGCUCUUCCUCCUGCUUCUCUCCCAGGGCGCAAAACUCUGCAUUAACUCCUCCCCGUAUGUCCCUCAGGAGGGGGAGGAUGUCCAGGAGCAGGAACUGCAGGAGGAGGACCAGGAGGUCAUCGAGACAUGGACCAGCAACAUGAAAGCGUGCACCUGUGACUGCGAGUCUCCAGAUUCGCCGACAAGUGUCCCACCUGUGCUGCAGACCUCACUCCCGCCUCCCACACCCACACCUCAGGGUUUCACACUGGACUGCAUGCCAGAAUGCCCGUACCACAGAGCCCUCGGCUUUGAAUCUGGAUCAGUGACGUCAGACCAGAUCAGCUGCUCCAAUCAGGACCAACACACUGGCUGGUACUCGUCCUGGACCCCCGACAGGGCUCGCCUCAACAACCAGGGCUUCGGGUGUGCAUGGCUGUCCAAGUAUAACGACCAGUACCAGUGGCUCCAGAUCGACCUGCAGGAGGUGGGCGUGGUGUCUGGGAUCCUCACUCAGGGCCGCUGCGAUGCUGACGAGUGGCUCACUAAAUACAGCGUCCAGUAUCGCUCUGUGGAAACACUCAACUGGAUCUAUUACAAAGACCAGACAGGGAACAACAGGGUCUUCUAUGGGAACUCUGACCGCUCCACCUCGGUCCAGAACAUCCUGCGUCCUCCCAUCAUAGCUCGAUACAUCCGCCUGCUGCCGCUGGGCUGGCACACCCGCAUCGCCAUGAGGAUGGAGCUGCUGAUGUGCAUGAACAAGUGCAGCUGAAGACGAAAAAACAGCCUGCUUUUCCCCACAACAUCCAUCAUUCCCUGUCAGCCUGCACUUUCAAAAAAAAAAACCAAGGACAACGAUGCAACGCUGGAAGAUCAGUUAUGACACUUUACGACCAAAACAUGUC